UUUAUACAAUAUUAUAAUACAUAAUAUGCCUUUAUAUUAUUCUUUGCGUAGUGGCCUAAAGCGUUCGCGGUUUUAGUUAUAGAAAUUUCAACUCUGCUAGCCAUUUUAAUAAUGAUUCUUUAAUUUUGAUUAUUAUAUACAUUUUUAUUGCGCACUUCCUCGCUAUCAAAUAUUCCAAAAAUAUUCGCGUAAUAUUUGCAGCAAUAAAUGAAUAAUUUCGCAGCGCUAGAUGAUUGUCUAUAUCAGCCAUAUUAAGCGAUGAUUUACUGAAGUUAGGUUGGUAAUUAUUGGUGUAAUUGGUGUGUACAAGUUUUAGCUAUAAAAUAGUCCAUAAAUAUUCGCGUAAUAUUUGCAACAAUACAUGAAAAAUUUCGCGGGGCUAGAUUAUCUAUAUCAGCUGUAUUAAGCGAUGAUUUACUGAAGUUAGGUAGGUAAUUGGUGUAAGUGGUGUGUAUAAAUAUGAGAGUCUUAAAUAUAUUAUUAAUUACAACAAUUUAAACAAUGUUAUCAAUAUAACAUACACGGUUUAAACACUUCCUGAUGAACAUUUACCAACAUAUCUAAUUCCAUAAUCUGAAAUCGCAGGGAUGAAGGGGAAAAUGAAUGCUGAAUCAGAAACACCAGACAAUGUGUGUCGUGAUUUCAUGCGCAAUGUGUGCAAUAGAGGCAAAUCUUGCAAAUUUUUUCAUCCUCCAGUCGAAGAGGAUAAGCGCAAAUAUGUUUUUUGCCAUGACUUUCAAAAUGGCAAGUGCAGUCGUCACGACUGUCGAUUCAUUCAUUGUUCUCGUGAGGAUGAGGAGUAUUAUAAUCAAACCGGACAAAUGGCACCAGAGGUGUUAAGGACGUUAGAAAUGAGUGGCGCACCUGCAUCUGAUGAUAUACCUAUUUGUAAAGAUUAUUUAAAAGGCAAUUGCCAUCGCAGUCAAGCUCAUUGUAAAUUCCGUCAUGUAGAUCAACCACUUGAUGUACCUGUUAGAGGCCCUAAUGGUCCUUUCAACACACCCCAACCAGCGAUGCCACCUAACUUCGGUAAUGAGUUGUUCCGCAGGCGUUAUGAUUUUGAUGAAGAGCAGCCCGAUGCUAAGCGUAGGCGCUACGAUUUUGACAACAGAAUGUCGCUAGGGCGCCCACCAUUCCCCAAUCGCGACAUGGACUUUUCUGUGCCACCUGGGCCUGCGCAACAACAGCCAUAUUGGCUGUUGCAAGAGGAGGUGGAAAUGUUGCGUAAGCGUGUAGCUGAGUUGAAAAAGCGCAAUGAGGAACUGCAAGCGACUAACGAAUUCUUGUUGGAGCAAAACGCACAGCUGCGCAUUAAUGAACAAACGCCCCUGCGCAGCACCCAGCAAAUGGUGAGCGCUAUACGUACCGUGACCACAGUCCCAGUCAGCUUGGCGGCGGUGGCUGCGGCCGGCACACCCGUGUCCAUAGCUACCGUCUCCAUGGCUCCGAUUCAGAUACCACCUGUUGUAUCUGGGUCUGGUCCGCCGCCCCUGCCGCAGCCAACUAACUCGCAGCCUUUGGUUUCUUAUCCUAUUGGCAGAUCGACAUCGGCCCAACACUAUAUCCAACCUAUGUGAAUAAUGAAAAUGGACCCAUUACUAAUAGAGAUUUGACAUUAACAAAACAAGGAAUGUACAAUAUGUAUUUCAAUAAUAGAAUGUAAG